AUGCCGCACAAAAUCCUUGCAAUAUCAUGCUUGUCUCAGGCCGUUCUUGCAGGCUAUCGGGAAGUCAAUGAGGAUAGUAUCUUGGAGAUCCUGAACGAGAUGACCACUGAGGAAAAGUUCUUGCAAACCUGCAUCGACUCCCAAUGCCCUGAAGGCCGUGCAAGGUGGCUUCUUUGUGAUGUUUUUGGAGGUGGCAGCACUUCUGGUGGCGGCGAUGCAUGGUUCAAUUUGAAGGACAUACCACGGCUCAGAAUCCGCGGACUUCGCAUGCGAGAUGGCCCGAAAGGAAUGACUUGCAGCUUGUUUGCGCACCUUUGCAAGGCUGGAAGAAUCGAUCGGCCAAGCUAUAGGCGAGAUUGCAGAGCAACUUGA